AGCAGAGAACCAGUCCAUGUGUUGUUGCAGUUGUCUGCAUCAUAUUUCCACGUUUUGAUCAUGUCAAAUUGCAAGUCAAGUAUCUGCAGCCACCUGAUUAAAGAUCAUUUUGGAGAUCUCACACAAACAGUUUGUGAUGUAUUGUUACAAAAAUGCGACUGUCACCUUCGUCAGCUGACAUCUGAGGCCAAAAUACCCCUCGACCGGGUCAAGCAUGUUUUAACGGUUCUUAUACAGAAUAAUUUGGUGACAUUCCAAAAAAACAAGCGAGGUCAGACAGAAUACACCCUCGAUCAUGAUGCCAUACUAUGGAGAAAUCGCAUUCCACACUACAUAUUCUGUGGAAAGAACUUGUACGGCGAUGCAGCUGAACUUCUUAUUGAGGACAUUGCACACAAUGGUCAGAUUACCAUGUCAACUGUUGUGGAAAAUGUGACCGAUAAACUCAAUGAAGCUUUAGAAAAUGCAGGACACCCUAAGAUUGGUGCCAGUGUUGUGUAUGAGAAAUUCAAGGCGUUGGCCAACACCCACUUCAUCAAGCAAUGUGUGAAUCCUUUAGAGACGCUGUGCCCUGAAGACAUUGAUGAAUGUGCUGUUGCAAAGUUAUACACUGUGCCACCCUUUCAACCUGGAAACAGAAAGAGAAAGCUGGCAAGUGAUGAAGAAGCUCAGCCUGUAAAUAAGAAAAUAAAAACUGAAGCAGGAGCAUCAGCUGCUGAUGACCAUAUCUACUGGACAAUCAACAACAACAGAUUUCACCGCUACUUUACAGACCAGUUACUAAUUAAGGCAAUUCGCUCGAAAAUUGAUGAGCGAGCAGGUCAGAUCCUGCAGACCAUACUUCGGCUGAAUGAGGUGAUGACAGAGGACCUCGCCCUCACCUCCAAUCCAGUCUCCUUUAUUGAGAUAUUUCAGGCUUUACCUAAAGACUUGCAACUCUCAAAGCAGAUCUGUGAACAGUACUUGACAGUCAUGGCUGAUGAUUCGACUGGAUUUGUGAACAAAAUUGGGGACAGUGGUGGCGGCAUGUACACUAUCAACAUGAUGAAAGCCAUGACUACUAUCUGUACGGCACAUGUUGAGUCUGUCAUUCAGGAGAGGUUUGGAUCAAAGAGUUUAAGAAUUUUCCGAGUCCUGAUCCUCAAAAAACAUCUGGAACAGAAACAGAUAGAAGAGCUGGUCAUGAUUCCAGCUAAAGAAGCCAAAGAGCUCCUGUAUAACAUGUUUGCUCAGAACUUCAUAACCAUUACUGAGAUCUCCAAGACUGCUGACCAUGCCCCGGCCAGAUCCUUUUAUCUGUUCAGGGUCAACUUGGAGCAGGUGGCUCGCAUGCUGCUGGAGCACUCUAUGAAGGCUUUAAUGAAUACAAUAGUGAAACGGGAAAUGGAAACAAGGGAAAACAGGCGCUUGAUGGAGAAGGAAGAGCGGGCAGAGGCGAUCAUCGCCAACCUGGAACGCAGCGGGGGAGACGCCGAGCAGAAAGAGGAGAUCCUGCAGUCCAUCACACCCGCCGAGAAAACACAGCUCAAGAGGGUCAAACAUAUGAUCAAUAUGCUAGAUCAGUGUGAGCUGCAGCUGGAUGAGACAAUAUUCGUGUUGGAGACCUACCUCCAGUACUGUGAGACAAAACUGAAGACAAAACGCUGACAGCUGCUGAAAUCUGUUAUGGAUGGUGUUUGAUUGAUAAAAAAGUAAUAAAAACAAGAAGUUUUA